AACAGUGUGGGUUGGGGGAGUGCUUUCCGGAGACACAUUAUUCGUGAUGUGCCAACUAAACAAUAGAACGUUUUGUCCAUGAUAUUGUGAGAAUUAUAUGAAUGAGGGAUAUAAAUAUUAAAUUUCGGAAAUAUGAAUUCUCAGUGAGAAAUACUGUACGAAUAUUGACAAAACAGAUGUUUAAGGAUGAAAAUGAUUCAACGCUUGUUUCCGGUCUCGGGCUGACUGUAGGGAGUAGGUAUACAUGAAGACUAUCUCCUUGGCCACAAACCUGCAUUCUUCUCAUGCUCCCGACCCCACGAAGAGAAACUUCGACCCAGUUGGUGUUCUACACAAGUCAGAGUCGAUUCAUGAUGCACAAUGAUGUCUGAGUGCAGAGUUGAUUUGUGCGUGAGAUGAGAAGACGAGUUGGCUACUGCCAGCACUCAACGCCGUGUGAGCACAUCUCCUGCCUGACUACUGGCGCUCUUAAGCACGGUGCUGCUCAUACUGACAAGUGUGCCGCGGGAGGUCCUGAGACAUUAUGCCGCGGGAAUUCCAGCAUCCCUUCCACAAGCUGCCGUGGCUUUUGGAGGAAGGGUAUGACUCCCUAGAGGACUUGGAGUACAUAGACGGGGGAGUGUGUAUGUAUGGGGAGCGACCCAGUGUCCUCCCGCUGUGGGCAAGUGACGGCGAGGCCCACAGUUCUCAUAGGCGGCAGUACAAUGUGGGUGAUGUGACGGAGGAGGGCAAGGAGGUGGUAGCGCCUCUCAUUGAUCCCCGGCGAGCGGUGCUACUGCCGGGUUACGGCCAGGAAGACCUACCCGUGUGGCAGCGACCUGACCCACCUGCAUAUGUCAAUGGUGCCUCAAGAACAUCCAAUGCCAAGAAGGAUAAUUUCGAUAUACCCAAGAUAGCUGACACCCAGAGCCCGACAGACUCUGACGUGACGGAGGACGGGGACGAUGCUACCACCAACACCAAGCCCACCACGGACACACACCACACCCUCGCCGCCGAGCCCUCCGAGUACUAUAAAUCCAUAGGGCGUUUGUCGGUGGAUUCCUUAAGACGUUCCUCAACUCUCACUAGGAUAAAUGAAUUCUUACAGCGUGCCCGCUCGGAGGUGUUCGAGGGUGAAGAUGGGAUGACUGCCAGGGAGCGUAUCAGACACCUGCUGAGGAACUCUCACACCGACGACGCUCAAAGGUAAGUACAGCAUCGCUCUCACAGCUAUUGUUCAUCAGUGAUCCGUUCUUGCAGUAUUCCUGAAAAUCAUCCAACUUGUUUCACAUUCUUAC